AACAUGCCGUCUGCUGACCUUGACACUGUGCAAUCGUCUGUGUUAACGUCUGAGGUAUGACGCGUUAAUGUCUCUUCAAUUUUUGAUUUUAAAUUAAAAUGGGAAACGAAAGAAAACCAACAAGGAUUUACGACGACGUAGCAUCGACUUCAUCUACAAACGCGCGAAUGAAUGAAGGAUCAAGAAAGCGCAAAGCACCUUCCAGUCCAAUACCAGAUGAUUAUGCACAUUCACCUCUAGUUGAGGCCAAAGACGAAGAUGAUGAAGGGAGAGAAGAUGAGGAGGAAGAGAAAGAAGAUAGUAACGAUGAAAUAGAUGACGAUUUAGAAGGUAACGAUGUCGAGGAAGAGGACGAAGAAGAAAAUGGGAUCGCUUCAGCAUGGCCCAAGAGUGACGAUUGCGAGCUCUUUAAGCGUAUCCGAAAAGCAUGUCCAAAAGAUGAUGCCAUGAAGUACGAAUUGCGUGUCAACCAUUUGAACUGGGAAUCUAUUAAAUUUCAAGAUUAUUCUGCAGAAGAGUGUAAAAAUCGGUGGUUACAUGUUCAAACUCAUUUGAGGAAUUAUCGGAUCCUUGCCGAAGUGUUAGAAGAUGCUGAAUCGUGGGUAGAUGGACCAUGUUAUAAUAACUUAAACAAAAGAAGAAUGAAUACCCAGAAGCAUCCUGAUGUUCAGCCCAAAAAGCCAAGAACUUCCUACAUGUUGCCCUCCAUGGAACAAAACGAUGCUGUUUUGGAGAAGCAAUCUGGUCUGGAAGUGAAAAAUGAAUUGGCUUCAACAACAGAGAAAUCCCCUGCUUUGGCGGCUAGUAAUCAAAUGUUAUUCAAAGCAGAGAAGAUAACUGAACCUCUUAAACCACCAGCGAGUGCUGCUGCUUAUUACGUUAUGACGCAUCAUUCCAAAUUUGGUAAUCUUACUCCUGCUGAAAUUGAUGUUGUUUGGGGAAUGGUGUCUGAGAAACAAAAGAAAAAGCGCGUUAAAGAACACAAAAAGGUGCAGAAAGACUACGUUCGGGAAUUUGAAAAAUUCAUCAGGUCAUUGAAUCCAGCCGAACUUAAAUCUUACCGCAUAGUUAUGAAGAAUCGAGCUCGAGAUCAGGAAGAUGGAGAUAAAGAAAAUAAAUCCACUUCCGCAUCUUUAAAAUCCCCAGAGGGUUCCAGUGAUUCGCCGUCCAAAGAAUCCGUGGCAAGUGCUGAUUCGAAAUCUGUCAAGUCAUCUUCGAAUGUCAAUGUGAAGUCAUCAACAGAAAAAAUGGAUUCAAAAACACUGACAUCCCGUCCUUUGGCGCCUAGUCAUCAAUCGUUGUUUGUGGCAGAUAAGAUGGUCGAACCAACUAAACCACCAGCGAGUGCUGCUGCUUAUUACGUUAUGACACAUCAGUCCAAAUUGGGUGAACUUUCUCCUGCUGAAAUCGAUGUUGUUUGGAUAAAGUUGUCUGGGGAACAGAGGAAGAAGUGCAUUGAAGAACACUCAAAUAAGUAUGAAGAUUAUGUUUUGGAUUUGGAUAAAUUCGCCAAGUCAUUGAAUCCAGCCGAACUUAGAUCUCACCGCACAGUUAUGGAGAAUCGAGAUCAGGAAGAUGGAGAUAAAGAAAGUAAAUCCAUUUCCGCAUCUUCAAAAUCUCCAGAGGGUUCCACUGGUUCGCCGUCGAAAAAAUCCGCGGCAAGUGCUGAUUCGAAAUCUGACAAACCACCUUCCCAAAUCAAUUCCAAUAUGAAGUCAUCAACAGAAAAAAUGGCUUCAACAACACUGAAAUCAUCUUCUUUGGCGGCCAGUCAUCAAUCGUUAUUCAAAGCAGAGAAGAUGACUGAACCACUUAAACCACCAGCGAGUGCUGCUGCUUAUUACGCUAUGACGCAUCAUUCCAAAUUGGGUCAACUUACUCAUGCUGAAAUCGAGGUUCUUUGGGGAAGGGUGUCUGAGAAAGAGAAGAAGAAGUUCAUUGAAGAACUCAAAAAGGUGCAUAAAGACUACGUUCGCGAAUUUGAAAAAUUCAUCAGGACAUUGAAUCCAGCCGAACUUAGAUCUUAUCGCACAAUUAUGAGAAACCGUGCUCGGGAUGAGGAGGAAGAAGUUAAAGAAAGUUCUGACGAAGAAAGUUCUGAUGAAGAAAGAAAUGACGAAGAAAGAAUGUUGUGAACCGACUAGUUCCAAUGAAACAAGUGGCGCUUUCUCCGGCGAUGACCUUCUAAUUGCCUCGGAAGAAGACUAAACGGGCUGAUAAUGUACCGUUUAAAAGUGUUAAAUUGAAAUGUUAAAUGUUUUUUACCAACCUAGAAACUUCGUUAAGUACCUACCAAUUAGUUAUUGGUCGUCAAAUUGGUGUUGAACAUCCGUUAAUUCAGAAUCUCUAGACCCUUAAAAUAAAAUGCGUAAACAAA